GACUGGGCUCUUCACAUGGUAGCAGCAGCCCUCAAGUUCUCGUCCGACACCUCACCAGUCAUCAGCUACAAGACCCCAGACGAGGGCCGACUAGACAUCUUGAAGACACUCAACUGGUUCGAGGCGCAUGAUGAAUACGAGUGGCCCGAUUUCAGUAGACUGGGUUACGACUUCAGCCAAGCCAUGCGAUUUCGCCGCGCUCUGGUCAACGACCUCUUUGUUGCACUGCAUAAAGUGGGUCAUAUCAAGAUCACUGGGGAGGCUGGCGUGAUGGGUACGCCGGACAGUGUGCGAGGGGUGCGUGAGACUAAGAGGACUGGUGCGGAUAGCAAGCGCAUGACUGAGCGGAAGAGACGAUGCAAGCGUGGAGAUGAUUCGGAUACGGAUAUUGCCUCUGAUGAGGAAGACAAGUACUUCUGGGAGGACGGAGAUCUCCUUGCCUCCACGAUGGGUUGCCUCCUGGGCCGCUGCUUAAGCAUCCUUCCUGAAGAGCUCGCUGCCAGCCUUAAUAGGGUAAAAGACCCCAUGGAGUUGGCUGACAUAGUACAUGACGGCCUUGUUGAAGUGUGGAGCGAGCCGCGAAGUCAGUAUAGAGAGACAUUAGCUACCUUGAAGAGGAAGGCUGAAAUUUGGGCUCGCGACGACGAGUCGACGACGGAAAGAUUGGCUCCUGAGCUUAGUGUACAACCGGGUGGAGCGAAGUGCGGGCCUACUGCACUAUGA